GGAAAGUUCUAUUGCCACCACACUGUGGUGACUUGCUGCAGAAAUCUCGAGUUUAUUGAAGAUCGUGAAGCGUUACAGCCAUGGAGAAGAUAACUGAGAAAGUUUUGCUGGAGAAAGGCUCUCCAAAAACCAACAAACUGGAGCAAAUCAAGACACUUGAUUUAUCCAAGAUGACCCUGAAGCUUGAGGACUUGCCCGUCAAGCUGCUGUCCCGUCUCCAGUCCCUGGAGCGGUGGGAUCUGUCUGGGAACAGACUGCAGGAGUUUCCCAAGAAGCUCCGUCUUCCGGCGCUUCGCUGCCUGGACCUCAGCGACAACCAGAUGGAAGAUGUUACCUCUCUAGAGUCUCUAAGCAGCGUGGAAGAGCUCAAGAUGGACAACAACCUUUACAUCACGGUGAGUGACAAUUACAAGCUGAUGGUUCUGUUGCCCAAUUUGAGGAUUUUCAACAGUAAAGAUGUCAGCACCCACGCCAACCACCUCCGCUACGUCUACAGUGACAACCUCCGGACCAGGAUAAAUGCACUUUGGGAGAAGAGCUUCAGUCUCCCAGAUCCUGUCACUGAGGCGAAAAUGUCCGACCUGGAAACCAACUUCAUCAGCGCUGCCUGCCAGCAAGUUAAAUACGGACCCAACUCAGUCGCUGAUUUCACCAGAUGGAGGGUGGAGAUGUUGGCUAAGGAGUUUAUGCGCUCGCUGAAAGAACCACAGGAAGAUGCUGAGAACAGGAAAUCCGCUGACACUAAGGAGAACGCUGACGCCUCUACGUUAGCGGAGAGGAUGCAAACAGAAUCGGCAGCAGACGCCAGAGUCAACGUGAAACCUCUGAAAAGGCUGCACUCGGAUGUCCCGGCCUCCCCGGCUGAAGAGAGCCCUCGCAAAUCCAGCCGCCGCGUCAGACCCCUGAUAGAGACAAACGCGACGAGGAUGAGCCCCCGUAAGGCCAACCAGGCUCCGCCCACCCCCGCCAGAGGACAGGCGAGGGCAAGAGGCGACGAGGCGCGAAGCAAAGAGGACAGAGCUCAGGCGACAUCGCCCGAAGCCAAACUGCAAGACGGCGCCAAUCAGCCCGUGUCGCUGAAGCCGCUUCAUGUGCUCCAGUGCCACAGCAAACAGGACAGCUCGGAGGACUUCUCCACUCAGCUGUGGGCCUGCGCUUUCCAGCCGCUGCCGGACUCCUCUGGCAGCGGUGGAGGAAGCCGCCUGGUCGCGACCUGUGGAGGAGAGUCUCUGUGUGUGAUCGACUGUGAAACAGGGAUGGUGAUGAAGAAGUACAAAGUUCCUGGAGAGGAGUUCUUCUCCCUGGCCUGGUCCACGGUGCUAAUGUCCAGGGAAGGCAAGGCCCCGGCCCAACACUGCAGCAUUCUUGCAGCCGGUGGGAAGAGAGGUCUGGUGAAGCUGAUCCACCCCAGAAACAACAUGGCCUACGGGGAGUUCAGAGCCAGCCGAAAGUCUCUGUCUGUCCUCCGCUUCAGCCACAACCAGGGAAACUUCCUCUUCACCGGAUCGUACGACAACAAGAUAUUGAUGUGGGACAUCGGUGGAGUGGACAGCCAGUACAACUUCAAAGUUGUGCAGCUGAUGGUGUUGGAGGUCGGUGCCACACCUCUUCACAUCUGUCUUCCUCCGACUUCCCCCAACACACACCUGCUGAGUGCCAGUGAGAACGGCCUGCUCUGCUACAGCACCAAACUGGGCAACAACACCACCACAAAGAGCAGGUCAAAAGAAAUGGAGAUAACCUUUCCCAUAUAUAAGAAGGAGAAUAAAAACCAUGACUACCACACCAUCGACGGCCUGAGUUUUCUCAACAACGACAUCGUGGCCUCUAAAAACUACAUGCAUCCUUCCAUUUACUUGUGGAGCUGGAGCAGGACCAAGGCUCAGCGUCCCGAUAAGAAGAACCUGACGGUGAGCGCCGUGGUUCUGGCUGAGCUGCAGUGGGCCAGCACCGACAUCCCCUACCUGGCUCUCAACACCUGUCCAGGCCAAGCGUACAUCGUGUGUGGUGACGACCAAGGCAGGCUGUGGACGUACCACGUCACCAACCUCCAGAAGAACAGUUUUCAGAGUGGGAAACCCAUUCCGCCCACUGAGGUGUUGGCGUGGCCCAACCCGACGAGGAACGGCCUCGGCCACGUGGAGGGGCCCUCCAUCAACAGCGUAGCCAUGGACCCUGAGCUUCGUUACCUGGUCGCCCUUAGCGACAAGAACAUGGUGAUCGUGUGGAAGAGACAGGAGUAACGUGGAGGGAAGUCAAUUCUGCUGUGUCCAGAUACAAAUCAUUAUUUUAUUUUUUUUUAAAGUCGGAGAGAGUUGAGAUUCUACCAGACGUUGGUAUUUUCAGGGUAAAACCUCAAACUGAGCAUGUUUUCUAAUGACGUUUGGGGCUGUAGUGAUCCUUUGUAGGAUUUUGUCUAAUUUUUUCAUUAGAAUUCGUGUUCUUUCAUCGUUUUUUUUUUUUACAUGAGUAUGUAAUAUGUAUUAUUUGACUUGAAGUGUCUACUAUUGGGAAUAGUAGCUUGAUGAACCGGAUUGGUUAUUGUUGCUAUGUGACAUUAAUGUGCCGAUCCGUUGUUUGAAACAGUUAUUUUUAAGUCUGUGUAAUUCAUUUGAAAGGCACAUCCUUUUAGACCUUGUUUUAUUUGAGACCUUGGCUCAGUUCUGUGGUUCUGAGAUGAUUUUAAUUCAUUGCGCAUAAAUGAACUUUCAGCUCAGCUUUAGUAAACUGUCACUAUGUUGCCUAAGAAAUCACUUUUACACUCUCUGAUGAUGGUUUCUUAUUCAUGUGUGAACCCUUUGCUGUAGAAUAAAGACUCGUGGUCCCA